AUGGAUAGACGUGAAUAUAAUAAGGUGUCUACAAAUGAUGAACAAACGGAAUCUAUUUCGAAGAAAACUAUUAUGCACCGAGCACACCCAUUAUCGUGGUGUUCGAUUGUUUUCACGCGAAAUAGAUUGAAGAUUAUAUGUACAGUGUUGGUACUUGUUAUCGCUGUUGCUGUUUCGAUGAGGUUCUUCGCUUUUUCUCGAUCAUCAUCGAACGAUCAAGAUGAUACAGUUCUUCAACUGCGGUCAUAUGUAGGAAACAAAAGACGUCCACCAACAACAAAUAGUCUUGGAUAUAUGAACAUUUACAUCGAUCAAAGCAAUCGACGAUCCUAUCAACGAUUUCGUUUUCCUGUAGCUCGAUACAAUCGUCGUGACAAUCCGCUACGUGGUCCAUUUGUCAGUUUCUUACCAUCGGUCCCCAUCUUUGCUGAUCGAUUAUCUAAACAAACCAUCAUUUAUUCAUCAUCAGGCGUUUACAUAAUUCCACCAGUGAUCAACAUGUAUGGCCAAGUAUUUUCUGUUGCUCAACUCAUCGCUUCAGGUUAUGCAAGUUUAGUCAGCAGUGGAUCGGCCUUGACUGGAAACAUUGAUAUGCUUCGUUAUUUUAAUCCGAUACCGUUGAUUGGUCCAAGCAUCCCAGUGUUCAAUCCUACCAAAGGUGGUUUUAGCGGUGGAAUGCAUGGUAACUUUGGUUCGUUUCAUAAAACUCAAGACUAUCAAGGAAUGGCAGAAGACGACUAUUCGCACGAAAUACAAGAAGAUGAUUAUGAAGAAGAAGAGGACGAAGACGAAGACGAAGGAAAACGAAACUAUUAUCGAUCUCCUUACAACUCACGUAGAACGACCAGAAAAGCACGCCAAACAAGUAAAUACGCAACUACAACAUUAGCAUCUCGUCACAUGGUUCAUGUCCUGGCUCAAAAUAAUGACACAAUAGACAUAGAAAAUAGGCACACUUGCCGUUCGCCGAUGCUUAAUUUAACAGCCACAGGGAGUUCCACAGUGAACAAUGUUUGUUCGCUUAAUCAGCUGAAUAUCAAAGCAAAGAACAGAGCAACCAUCAUUUCAACGCCCUCAUCAUGUCCACAAAUAACUGAGAUUCAUGCAGCAGGAGCAGCUCGUGUCAAAAACGUAUGUGCAAUGGAUUUAAUGAAGAUAGACAUCGAAGAUAAAUCUGUCGUAUCUAUGAAUCCAGCUUCACCAUGUCCUAAAAUGACUACCGUUACAGUUAAUAACACAUCUGAAAUUGAAAAUCUUUGUGCUAGUGAUCAUUUGGAUAUAAUGGUAUUUCAAGCUAAUAAGAUUACUUUCAAUUCAACAACUUGUCCAAAAGUCAGCGCUUUUUAUAUGACCUCGGUCGAUUCGGUUUCCGAUCUUUGUGCAAGUGAAGAAAUGAGUUUAAUAUCCGCUCAAAUGGAAACGAUUUCCAUCAAUUCAGCGGCAGCAUGUCCACAAAAAGUUGUCCUUGAUGCUCAAGAUAUAACCGAAGUUUCCAACCUCUGUGCUAGUGAACACAUGGACAUAACAGCAGCUGGCAUAGGCUCUAUUACUGUGAAUUCAUCGGGUGUAUGUCCCGAAAGGGUUCUUCUUAGUGUUCAAAGUGCACAAAAUAUUAAGAACAUCUGUGCAAGUGAGGAAAUGUACAUAGCAACAGAUAGGUUAGGUCUUCUUUCAAUUGAUUCUGCAGCCGCGUGUCCAAAGAAGACUUUUCUUGCUGCUCGAAGUAUACAGAACAUUGAGAAUCUCUGUGCAAGCGAAGAAAUGAACAUAGCAGCCACGACCAUAGGUUCAAUCGCCAUUGAUUCAUCAACGGCCUGUCCAAGGAAAGUUCUUCUUAGUAUUCAAAAUAUGACUACAGUCUCCAAUCUUUGUGCGAGUGAAGAAAUGAAUAUAACACUACGUAAUGUUAUGAAUGUUUCUGUAACUGCAUCGUGGCCUUGUCCAAAGUUAGCUGCUCUUAAAAUUACUCAAAAUAGUUCUAUUGCCAAUGCUUGUGCACAAGACUCUUUGGAAAUUAGUGGUUCGAAUUCAACUGUGAAUGUGAGUGUAUCUGACUGUGCUGCUUUUGCCACUGUCAUAGGUAGUGAUGGAUUAACCGUUAAUAAUCUCUGCUCGACAAAUGAAACGCGUAUCCAAGCAACAAACUCCACGAUACAUAUGACAAAAUCAAGAUGUCCACUUGUUGCGAAUAUUACAGCCACUGAUUCAGCAAUCGUGUAUGUUUGUGCUACGAAGGCGAUUAAUGCAAUUGUUUCACAAAAUGCAAUUGUAUACUAUAAGGGAUCAUUGAAUCACACACAGACAAGUAGCGGUGGCCAAUUGCUGGAAUGGCCGUGA